AUGAAAUACAUCAUAGGCAUCGGAGGUGUCACUAACGGUGGUAAAACCACCUUGACCAACAGAAUCAUCAAGGCGCUCCCCAACUGCUGUGUGGUCCAUCAGGAUGAUUUCUUCAAGCCACAAGAUCAAAUAGAAGUCGGGGAAGACGGCUUUAAACAAUGGGAUGUGUUGGACUCCUUGGAUAUGGAGGCAAUGGUGAGCACUGUGCGUGCAUGGAUUGAGAACCCAGUGAAGUUUGCCCGUUCCCACGGGGUGAAUGUUACGCCUGGCUCUAAAGAGCCAGCCUCCAAAGAUAUCCAUAUAUUGGUCAUUGAAGGCUUCCUGCUUUAUAAUUACAAACCACUGAUAGACCUAUUUGACAUACGCUACUACCUGGCAGUUCCAUAUGAUGAAUGCAAAAGGAGGAGAAGUACACGUAACUACACUGUUCCUGACCCACCGGGUCUCUUUGAUGGACAUGUCUGGCCCAUGUACUUAAAACACAGGAAAGAAAUGGAGGACUGUGGUGUUGAUGUUGUUUAUUUAGAUGGACUGAAGUCUAGAGAUGAACUUUACAAUCAAGUCUUUGAAGAUAUUCACAACAAGCUUUUAAAUUGCUUAUAG